AUGAGCUAUAUCCACCCUUCGUGGAACUACCCUGGCCAUUCGGGGAUCCCAAUGGACCAGGCCAUGGCGUACGACCCGACCAUGGUUCCCCCUCCCAUGGUCCACCCCAUUGACGGCUACCUAUACCCUCAUCCACCCAUGGAGAUGAUGGACUACUACCACCAGCCGAUUAUGGACUACGACGAAUACACAGAGAACCUUUCCCGGCCGCGUUUGACCAAGGAGCAGGUCGAGACACUGGAGGCUCAGUUCCAGGCUCACCCGAAGCCAAGCAGCAACGUCAAACGUCAAUUGGCAGCUCAGACAAACUUGAGUCUGCCUCGCGUUGCGAAUUGGUUCCAAAAUCGACGCGCCAAGGCCAAGCAGCAGAAACGCCAGGAAGAGUUCGAGAAGAUGCAAAAGGCCAAGGCGGAGGCGGAGGACGCUGCUCGCCGGAAAUCCGAGACCCUAGACCAACUAUCCGAGUCCCGGCAAGCUUCGAACACGCCCAAGGAGGAGGCUGAACCAUCCCUCCCUUCCAAGCCCACACCCGUUGCGUCUACAUCUGAGAGUGAUAGCAAGGCAGAGCACAAUGCCAACCGCAAGCACCAAAAAACCAAGAGCGAAACGGCGCGAGAGGCAACCUUCGCGUCCCUGCAGCGGGCGUUGAAUGCUGCCGUUGCUGCCCGGAAUCGGUUCAGUCGCCGAGGGGAUUCUCGCGGCAAGCAAGAAUCCUCUCAGGAAGACGAAGCCGUUUCUCCCACCUCGAUGGCACCACCCAAGACCACCGGCAAGUCUCAAAACAAUAGACAAGCGAACGCGAACUCCUCUUUCUCCGACUGGCCAGACGCCAAGGAGGAAUCCAGCUCAUGGACUCCUCAAGCUUCUCACGGCACUCCGGAGACGACCUCGUUUUCGGCUACCGGUCAAGUAUUGCCCGAAGUGCCUAACUCCUCUCAAUCCAUGCAACACAACGUGAAUGCCUAUUCGGGUACGCAGUUGCCCCCUCAUACGGAGGAAUGGGAAGAGGGGGCAGAAGAACAGCGUUCUACGCAUGGCAGAGGAUCUGAUGCUGGCCUUGUCUACGGUAACAUGCAGUAUCCGAUGUCCUUGCAACCCCCAAAUAUCUCACUCUCUCGACGUGAGUCGUCGGAUGCUCUGACGGCUUCCCUGGAGGGCAUUGGGAUUUGCACGACUGAUUCAUCUGGCUUAUCGCAAUCUUUGGGACGGGCGGCAGGAGCAUCGUGGAAAGAAUCUGGCAAGGAGCUUGAUCUUGCUGCGCGGCGUAAGCGACCUCGGCCUGCUGCCAUUGGCACUUCGGGAAAUCGCUCUCUGGCUGCCUCGACCUCCAUGUCUUCUCUUUCCCCGACGAGUCGCAUGCCCAGCUCCGGUGCCGGGAACUCGAUGCGGCAUUCCAAGUCUACCCAGAGCCUCAAUUCUCGCUAUGCCGGUGUGAGGAAGGCGUCCGCCGCCCAGCGGUCCCCUCUCAACUUCACCUUCGCCGAGUCUGGAUCCAUGAAGGCUACCAAGGCUGAUAUGUUGCGGCCGUCGGUCUCCACCUCGACCUUGGCUCCUCCAACUCCUAUGACCCCGCAAGAUCUCCAGGGCUUCAUGCCCGCUUCGCCCACCGACAGCAACUAUUGCUUGUCGGCGCACUCCGCAACCCAGUUCUUCCCUACCUCACAACCUAUGCCAGUGAACAUUGCAUCGCCUCCCACUACCCCACUGGACCUCUACUCCUCCUUCCCAUAUCAAAAUAUCGCUCCUCCGAUGUCGGCCCCGGCUCAUGUCUCCAAUUUCCCCGAGUAUGCGCCCUGUGACCCGGUUCCUAUGACGGCUCGCAGCUGGGCAGAGACCGCUUCCCUCUCGCCAGAGUUUUCCAACGGUAUCCCCGGGGCUCAGUCAAGUACUGUUUCUCCUCUCGGGUACGAGACGGCCAUCGAACACGCUGGCCAGCCCUUUGGAAUCGAGCCCGUGUCGGGUUCCCCGUCUUUGAUCUACUCGAUCGAAGAUGCCGACAUGCGAGGCUCGGCAGAUCCUAAUGGGGAGCGAAAACCGACCGAGUUCAUGAUGCAUGAAUUCUCGGAGCAGCCGGACGCUCAUCGGUUUGUUUCCCAGCAGCUCUCGUCGGCGAAACCAAAAGCUUACCCGUUUUCCAACAACACGACGUCAACCCACUACCCUUGA